ACACCACACCCAGUCUUCUGUCAUUGGAGGAGACCGGGGACAAGCUUUCUGUGUUGGAGGCCAUGAUGUCACACCCUCAUUGGAAAAUCAUCAACAGGGUCCUGUUGAGAAAGAACAAGAGCGUAGCUGAGCUGCAGGAGCGCUCGGAGGAGGUCAUGGAGUGGGUUCUCAAGGUGACCAAUGGGGUGGUCUUGCCCGCCAUGGCCCUUUACCAGGUCCUCCACAUCUGCAAAGACCAAGAUGGCCGCCCGCUGUCCGCCGCCAUCUCCUACAGCAGCUGGGACUCCCAGAGUGACAGGUCCUCUUCCACAGGGCUGCUGUCCCCAGCCAGGCCUGUCACUGGCUCUCUGACUGGGAUGGUAUGUUUCAACCCUGCUGAUUCUCCCCAGGACCAGGCCUCUUCUCUGGGCUCCACCCAGCCCUACGUCCCCCAGGGCGUUCUGAGAAUGAUCUCAGAGAGGUUCCACCCUCUGCUGAUAGGAGGGCAGGGAUCCAGGCCCCAGAGCAGGCUGCUGGGUGGCAGGCCUCCGAUGUUGGACUCUGAUAGGCCCAAGGAGGAGGACGUCCUCGCCACGGCAUCCCUCACCGUGGCAGAGAUUCUGUUGAAGGUGCAGGCGGUGAUGGAUACACAAGAGCACGAUGCAGAGGACAGGCUGUCAGCCUGUGUGGAGGAGCUCUUCAAGUCUGUCAUGGGAGAUGUGCUGGAGAAGUUUGCACUCCACCGCCCCGGCUGCUUGCUGUCGGACUGCCGCGUGACCAGCAUCUCCGAGGACCUGAUAUGCAACGCCUGGCAGGACGCCAAGGAGAAGAUUCAGGCCCUUGCCAACAGCCACACCGACGCCAUCAACGAGCUGGUGUCCCUGCGGGCCUCCUUCCUCAUUGGUAGCGUGGCGGAGGCGGAAAAGAUGAAAAAGGCGAUGGCUUUGCCCAGCUGCGUGAUGUCACCGACCCUCUGCUUCCUGAAGGAGAGCCUCUCUGGAAUCCUGGCCCGCCACGCCCUGUUCCACAGCCCGGGCGUGGUCCCCACAGAGGAGAAGCUGGAGCUGGUUAGGAUGGUGGGGGGCUUCCUCCAGGAGAUGGAGCCCACAGAUGGAGGCUCUUCCCUGGACCAGCCCCAGCCCCAAGAGGCCUAUGAGGCCUCCCUGCUCCAGAGUGUGGCUACGGCCUGCAACGUGAUCCACAACGUCCUGCAGAACUUCCACGCAGCCCAGCAGCUGAUUGGGCAAGUGGAGGUGGCAGACUUCCUGCAGCCUGGAAGUAAGACCUUCACCAUGGUGGUAAAGUGUGUUAGCCAGAGCCUGCUAGGAGACGUUGCCAUGGAGCUGGAUGCCCUGUGGAGGAGGAGGAGCUUGGGGACCAGCAACAGCAGCGGGAGGAGCAGCAGGAAUCAGGAAUACCUCCCUUUUGACACCCAGCAGGAGCGACCAGUGAAGUGCAUCUGUGCUAGCAAGGAGGAGCAGGAGGAGGAGGAUCCUCAGAAGAAGGAGGAGACCGCCCCUUACUCCUCCAGGAGCACUAGCGCCUGGAGCGAGGCUAGCAGUGCUGCCAGCUGCCAAGACUUCAGCCUCACCGCUGAAAUCAUGCUGGACACCAUCGUGCGGAUUGCCCACUCGGCCUCCAGAUCCUCCCCCAACGAUGACAAUGACAAACGCGACGGAGGCUCCUCCGUCAAAUCGUUCGACCAGGCGGAGUACGACCUGGGCCGCCUGCUGGCAUCCCACAGCAUGUGCACCAGGAUGUUCCAGGGGAGGAUCCACCACUUCUCUGAGCAGUUGAUUGGCCGCAUUUAUCAGCUUCUCCUGGACACCCGGGUGGGACGACUCCCCUCGACACCCCAUUGCCGCUCCAAGCCCAACUUCCAGAACCUGGAGGACAAGGAACGUCUGGACCAGGAGCUCUUCACCCCUCUGCUGUACAAUUUCUUCCAGACGGCCUUCAAGGGCCUGAUGGGGAACCUGCUGGGCGAAGAAGACCUCACGGACGACCACCGUGCAUCCUGCAGCGAUGCGUCCUCGGACUGCAGUGACAGCAACAGUGACAGCAGCAGUGACAGCAGCAGUGACAGCAGUGACUGUCCCUCCCUGGACUGGUCCCGCGGGAUGAUGCCGGGCCCCAGGCAUGGGGUUGAGGGUAGAAGAAGAUUGCAGAGCAGGUUGAAGCCCUCCUGCAUCCAGGACCAGAGGCGGGCGUUGGAGGCCAUUUGUGAGGUGUUGACUACCCAGGCGGGAAGUGACCUUUACAAGACCUGCAACGACCCACAAGAAAACAUGGUCGUUGUCAGCAAAGGCCUUGAUGCUGAAGCCAUGACCAGGGUAGGUAACCUAGCCAGCUCCUCCUCUGAAGAAAUCAACCAGGAAGUGACAACAGAAGGUCUCGAGCCAGAUUCAAUACUCACCAACCAGGAAGUAGGCCAGCUUGAGAUGGAUAACAACCAAAAUGCUGCCUACCCUGAUGAUUUCCACAAAAAGGAAGAAGGGUCAGAUUACCAGAUGAAUGACUUUUCCAAGGGUGCAUUGAUCGAGGAAGAGGAGAAGGAUGAAGAUGAUGCAGCUGCAGGCCUCCCUGAGGAGGUCCAGGAUCCUCCCUCCCUACCCACGAGCCCCUCUGAGACCCCCUCCCUCCAGCCCGGGGAGGUUCUGAUCCAGGAGAAUGUCCUGAUGCCCCCCCGGCCCAGCGCCCUGCACCACCAGACGCUGCAUGACCUGCUGCACAGGCUGGUGGGACGCCUGGCCCUCCAGGGGCCCCUUCGUUCCUGCUUUACCCCCACCAACUCGGAGAUAGAGGCUGUCCUCCUCCAAGAAGUGGGCUGGUUUCUCUGGAACCAGGCCGGGAUUGGCCUUGUCCUGGAGCAUGAACCCCAGAACCCGCUCUUCGGUGGCGGCGAUGCCCUAGACGCCAUGUUUGAGACGACCUACGCUGAGCUGAUGCUCUGUUCUGAUAGCAACAGGGCCCAGGUCCACUCCGCCCUCCAGGGAGGGGCAGGCAUCGUCUGCAUGGCUGAGAAUGUCGCCAAGGUGAUCUGCCGUCACGCCGAGGUUUGGCGGCCUUCUGCCGUGUCGGGUGAGAGUCAUGAUUUGGAAACAAGUUGUGAGGAGAAGGAGAGCACAGAGGACUCUGCUGGUUUGGGAAAGGCCGGUGGAAGUUCCAGCCCAUUCAUAAGCAACACAAGUUUGGAUGAAGGACUUGAAAUGGACACUGCUGGCUUGGAAAAGGCCGGUAGAAAUUCCACCACCUUCAUCACAAACAUGAGCUUGGAUGAAGGACUUGAGAUGGACUCUGCUGGCUUAGAAAAGGCUGGUGGAAGUUCCAGCCCCUUCAUAAGCAACACAAGUUUGGAUGAAAGACUUGAGAUGGAGUCUGCUGGCUUAGAAAAGGCUGGUGGAAGUUCCAGCCCCUUCAUUAGCAACACAAGUUUGGAUGAAAGACUUGAGAUGGAGUCUGCUGGCUUGGAAAAGGCCAGCAGACUCGCUUCCUGCCUCUCAUCCUCCUCCACUUCCUGGUCCUGCUACUCCUCUUCUUCCACCUCUGUUCACUCCUCUCCUUCGUCCUCCAAAUCCUCCACCAGCUCCUCCACCUCCAGGGGCUCCACGGCUCAGGCCCCUAGCCCAGAGGGACAUCAUUUGGGAAAGACCGACACCCCCAUCCUCCGGAAAUGGUUCGCACUGAAGAAAGAGAAGACUUUCCUUAAGGAUGGACAGAAUGUGGCUGCUAAGGGAAAAAAGACAAGCAAACUAUUCAAGAGAAACAAAGUGUCUCCCCUUAGCACUGAACGUCCAGACCUUGGUGAGUCCUCCAUUGCUGGAGGAGAGGAGAAGAAGAAGAAGAAAAAGUCCUUAAAAGCUUUCUUCCGGGGAAUCUCUGCAGUUCUCUCCAGGGCUUUCUGCUUUGGCUGCGUGAAGGAUAUUCACCAGUAGAGGACGCCAUCUGCUUACUCAACUGGCUGCAGUGGCAAAGAGAGAUAACCUGUCACUACGGCAACAACCGUAGCUUCUUCCCUCUUCUUCAGUUCUGUGUAACCAUGUUUUUAGUAUAUUCCAAUAAAAAAUACUGGAAUUUUGUUUAUAUCUCCUUUGUAAUCGUUAAGCUGUUUGUGUACAAGGUUGUGACAUCACCAUGUCAGGACUGCAGCCACACAGAGAGGCUGAUUAGCAUUUGUUACAGUAAUUGUACACAACCACUUUACAUCAGUGUAAAAGUUAGCUUCAACAAUAGCUUUUACACACACAUGACCAAACUCUGUAUUUUGAGAAUGCUACUUGAGUUUUUUCAGAAUAGUUGUUAUUGUUCCCCAAUUUAAAAAUAGCCUUAUUUUGUAAUUAUCAGAUUGGUAAAUGGACUGCAUUUAUAUAGCACUUUUCUACCUUAACGGCACUCAAAGCGCUUUACAAUGUUUGCCUCCCUUUCAUUCUCACACUCGCACAUACCAACGGUAGCGAGCUACCAUGCAUGGCACCGGCCUGCCCAUCGCGAAUAACUUGGGGUUCAGAGUCUUGCUCAAGGAUACUUUGGCACAUGACCGAGGAGGAGUCAGGGAUCGAACCGCCAACCUUGCGAUUAAGAGACAACCCUCUCUACCCCCUGAGCCACAGCCGCCCUCGAGUUUGAAACACACUACCGAGGUGUGUGGAAGGUGAAAAUGUCACCCUUCAUUCUGUAUAAAAUGAUAUUGUGUUCAACAUUCCUUUUGUGCAGAGAGGAACUACCCCUAAGUUAACUCUAGGCUUACAUAAACGUACAAACCUUGUGUGGGGGGAAGGGUGAGCAUUUGUGACUCUGUGUUGCCCAAGACUACAGGAUGUUGGGGGGUUUGUUUUUGUAAAGGAAAUAGGAGCUUUUAUGACACCAGGACUAGAGAUUCAGCUGCUAUUGUGUUUCAACCAGGCUUGAUGUCGUAAAGACGCACACACAUACACUAUGCAAGGGAGUUAGCCAAUGAGAGGAGACAUAGGACAACUGCAUGUUUUAUGAUGACUGUAUGUCUUUAUGAGGAGCAAUGACAAUUGAAAACUGUGUUCCGUAAAUGGUUUGCAAGGAGACUGGCUUUGAGACAACAUUUCUAUUUGUGUCCUUGCAGCCGCCAGCAAGCAAUAAAGCUUCCUUGACUUAAUCGACUCUGUCUCUGUGUAUUACAUUUAUUAAUUUAGCAGAUGCUUUUACCUGAUAAUGACAUUUCUUCAACAACAAUUCAUGUGUUAAAUGUGGUUCAUGUAUAAGAAACAUGCUGAAACAACCACUAUAUUGUUUGCAGGAAGAGAUAAUUAAGCCGGGUUUGUAGGUUGAGAGGUUGUCCUGUGUUAGGAACUGUUGGGGGAUGGUUUAUUGUUGGACUGAUGGCUAUCUGUUCUGUAGACUAGACUACUAAAUAUUUCUGACUAAGGUCAAUUGACCAAUUGGGAUGGUCAUCUUCUGGAUUUUUUUUACUUCCUGAUUUAUCACCUGGGGGAAGGAGCUUUGGGACACCAUGUUCUGAGGCUGUGUUGUUUCAACUGAUUGUAUUGUUUUGGGAGUUAGCUAACGAUAGGAAGACACUGACAACAGAUGCAUAUUUAAACUAAACAGUUUAAUAUAAAUAAGUCUGGUAUAGGUUAUACCCAGGGGCGGAUUAAGGUGGUCAGGGGCCCAUUGGCUGCUCU